AUGCAUCGGUCCACCAUUCUGUGCGCUCUCAGCGCCAUCGUUUCCCUAGCUUACGCUGGUGACUUUUCCAAGUCCUGCAGUAGCAUUUCAUUUCGAUCAACGUCCAUAAGCGCCAGCUGCAACGACAAAUUUGGUGACUCUGUCGGGACCAAUAUCGACUUGACUAGAUGUCUAGCAAAUGUUGGCGGGAGACUUGUGUUCUGCGACUGCGGUCUCGCUGGUGACCGUAGCGUGCUGAAUUGCCGAUGCACCGACAGCACGGGCACGAAGAAACCCACUUCAAUCGAUCUCGACUCAUGCUUGACCAACGAUGGGGGCGACCUUGAAUGCUGA